AUCUUGAAAUUUUUCAUUUUCUGAUAAAAAAAUUGAUCGUAAAACAUGUGAAAAUUGUCGCCGAAAUAGUUACAAAUUGAUGAAAAUUUGACUUUACUAUCCGGUCGUCGCAAAAUCAUCGAUAUGGGAGACGUAGAAGCAGAAAACUUGAAAAAAAUUCUCACCGUUUUGAAAUCUACUGACGUUUCCGAAACGAAAAUUUUCGCUCUCGAAUGUCUUCUGGGACUCACCGGAUCUGACGAAGGACUGGAAACUAUAUAUAAAAAUGGUGCUGCCAUAUGCCAGAUUCUAUGCGAUUUGACGUUCGACAAAGACGAUAACGUAGCUCAGAAAUCGUGCUCGAUUUUAAUAAAUCUAUCGGCCGAAGAAAAAGGAGCCAAUUUAUUAACCUCGACCGAGCUUUCUGUAUCGAGACCAACGUCAAAUAUAAUAUGCAAGCAAAACGCCGAAAAUUCCGUAAUAUCGGUGCUUCUGGAACACACUCUGAAUAUAGACACCAUCGCCAAUGAAACCUGUAUGAUUCUAGCCAACAUAUCUCGAAACGCUGACAACGCUAGGAAAAUAUACGAUAGCUUUGAAAGACCUGACGAUGCUAUCGAAACGAUCGUUCGAUUAUUGCUCAAAAAACACGAUAACGUUAAUUUAGAUUAUUUAGCUUCUCUGCUAUCUAAUUUAAGUCAGUUACCUGAAGUUCGAAAUGUAUUUCUCGAUCCUGGUAAAGAUUUAUUGCAAAAAAUAUUCCCUUUGGUUGAGCAAAAAAAUUCAAUUCGAAGACGUUUCGGUAUCGUUGGUACAAUUCGAAACUUAUGCUUAUCUUCGAAUAAUCACGAAUGGAUGCUGAGCUCUGAAGUCGACCUAUUACCAAGAGUAUUAUUGCCUUUGGCUGGUCCGGAGGAAUUCGACGACGAAGAUAAUGAAAAGUUACCCUUAGAUUUACAAUAUUUACCAGAUGAUAAAACCAGAGAACCCGAAGCUGAAAUUAGAAAAAUGCUUCUGGAAAUCCUAAUGCAACUGAGCUCUACUAGAUCAACUCGAGAGAUUUUACGAAAUUUCAACGUGUAUGUGAUACUUCGAGAACUUCAUAAGUGGGAAACUGAUCACGAAUGUUUGGCUACUUGCGAAGAUCUUGUGAAUAUAUUGAUUAGGACCGAAGACGAAAUCGGAGCUGAUAAUUUGUUGAAAGUCGAUAUUCCAGAACACCUUACAGAAAAAUUCAACGAAAGUUGAUUGAUAGGUAUCUGAAAUUUUAUAAAUAAACGUCUUUCUUUUUCAA